AUGAAUGAGCUUGAUGAGUUUCACAUAAACUAUUAUGAAAGUUCAGUCUUGUACAAGAAGAAGAUAAAGAAGUAUCAUGAUAGAAAGAUUGAAAAGCGUGAAUUUGUUAUGGAUGAUCUGGUGAUUCUAUUCAACUCAAGGUUGCACUUGUUUUCGGGCAAGCUCAAGUCCAAGUGGACCGGGCCAUUCAUAGUCAUGAAAGUGUUCCCACAUGGAGCAGUCGAGCUCAAAAACAAGGAGGGAACACGGUUCAAUGUGAAUGGUCAAAGGAUCAAGGUCUACACGGGGAAAGAGGAAAUUGUGCAAGAAGUGGUUGAGGCCUAUUAUCUUGAUGAAGUCUGA